AAAAAAAUCCUUUAUAAGAAUGGCAUCUAUUAAUUCUACCGUUUCUAACGAUUCAUAUUCCAAGCCAAUUCCAAUUCACGAUGAAGAAUUAAAGAUUCACAAGACAUGUAGUAUUGCUGGUCCAGGGAAUGAAUUCGUUAUCAUUGGGGAUAACAAAUACUAUAGACAUGAAUUAAUGCAAGCCUUUGGUGGUACUUUCACUUCAGGUUUGACCCCAUAUCCUAAACGUCAAAUUGCCAAUGCUCCUGCUCUUGGUUUGUUUGCAACUCAUAUGAACAUUUUUGUAUUGGGUUUGAUCUUUGCUGGGGCUACUGGUGGUAGUAUUCCAAACGCUGCCGUUGGGUUGUUCAUAUUUGUUGGGGGUUUACUUCAAUUCUUAGCUGGUGUCUGGUGUAUGGUUGGAGGAAACACUCUUGGUGCUACUGCAUUCACUAGUUAUGGUGCUUUCUGGUUGAGUUUCGGAGCUAUCUUUAUUCCAGGUUUCGGUAUCGGUGCUGCUUAUGCUGAUGAUCCAGAACAAUUGAACCAAGGUAUUGGUUUGAUCUCAGUUGGUUGGGCCAUUUUCACUACUAUGUUGUUAGCUUGUCUUUUCAAGUCCACCCUUUCAUUUUUCUGGACUGUGUUGACCUUAGAUUUGACUAUUAUUCUUCUUGCUGCUGGUUUCUUAUCAGGUAGUCCUAAGGUCAUGAAGGCCGGUGGUAUCAUGGGUGUUAUCAAUGCAUUUGCUGGUUGGUUUGAAACUUAUGCUGGUAUUGCCACUAAGCAAAACUCAUACCUUGUACCAAAGGAAAUUCCACUUCCUGAUCUUAGUCGUAAGAGCAAAAAGUAAAUGUGUUAUUAAGCGAGUCCGAAACGAGUGUUGGGACCACAAGUUUUUUUGAUUCCUACAACCACCACUGGAACUAAAUAUUCCAACAAAAUAUUCAAUUCUUCAUAAUUAGGAUUUUCCAAAUUAUUUAUUACAAGGGGCGGGCUGGUACCAUACUUUACUAUUUUUUUUUUACCACUACUUUUUUUUUGUUUACAUCUCUACUUAUAGUCAUUACUACUACUACUGCUACUACUACAAUAUACUCGAAAGCCAA